AUGCUGAUGAAUCGAAGGAAGCUUGUGGUGAUACCGUCGCGUUGUUGGGGCCAGCUCAAGGCGAAGCCAUAUCUCUGGCCUCAUGACGCCUCACUCCAUCCGCAGACCACAGCGCUGCUGGUGGUAGACAUGCAACGCGACUUCUGUGAAGAAGGCGGCUAUCUCUCCCAUCAAGGCUACGAUAUCAGUCUGACGCGAGCCAUUAUACCGGCUAUCACAACACUCUUGCACACCUGUCGUCACCUCGAAUAUCCCAUAUACCACACGCGAGAAGGCCACAGACCGGACUUAUCCGAUUUGUCCGCUCGCGAACUCUUCCGCUCCAGGAACAACGCGCUCGGACUGGGCAUUGGUGAUGCUGGACCUCUCGGACGUCUGUUAGUUCGCGGCGAAGCUGGGCACGACACGCUUCCAGAACUGUAUCCUCACGUAGGGGAACCUGUGAUUGAGAAACCUGGCAAAGGCGCUUUCACAAACACAGACUUGGAGUUACUACUCCGAGUCAAAGGCAUUAAGAAUUUGAUCAUUUGCGGUGUGACUACAGAUGUAUGCGUUCACACUACGAUGAGAGAAGCUAACGAUCGCGGAUAUGAUUGUGUCUUGGUGGAAGACGCCUGUGCCGCUAGCACGGAAGAAUUGCAUACUCUGACAGUGUUGUCGACGAAAGCCGAGGGCGGCGUAUUUGGUGCUGUAGCGUCUGUCAAGGAUAUUAUUGCUGGCCUGCAGGCACCUCGUACUGUUCGACAUGGUUGCAGCACAUCGCUGUAG